AUGAAGAAAUUGGGCAAACCAGUGCCCGACGCGCCAACGGUGUUAGCGCCCGGUGAGAAGUCGAAUUCAGUGGCACCGGCCACGACGAACGGUACUCCAAUUACAACGGUCGGUGGACCAGCUGUGCCUACGAAACGAGUUGUUGGCAUAACGAAAGUGAAUUUUGUGUCGGGAUCGAAGCUGUCGACAACUGGUGAU